GUGUGUUGUGGGGGAAUAUGUACAGUGCCUGGCAAGGGAGGGAGGGGCCUGAGCCCUGCCGAGUGCCUCUGGCCCUUACCCCGACGAUGACUAACGACUCCGGGGAUGGAGAUGGUGCCGUUCCCCUUCCCCUGCAGCCCAGCACGUGGCCGCAGAGGGGCAGCUGGGGCUGGCGUUGCUGCUGUAGGCUUGGAUCAUGUGUCACCCCCAAGCUGGGGGAUUUAGGAGGCGUCUAUCUUUGUGCUAGUUCAAAGCAUCUCCCCCCCCCGCCCCCCCUGCCCUUUGGCUUUGGCAGCGGGCCCCGUGAAGCAGUUAACAAGUCUCUGGUUAUGUUGUUUACCCGACCCCUGGCUGUCCAUCAUCCUCCCUUUGCGGCCCGUGUGCCCAGAUGAGGCUGCAAAAGAGAGACGGGUGCUCCCUGGAGCUUUGCGCGGGGAGCCAGCAGGGGGGGGGGGCGUGAAGAGCACCCAGGGGUGGGGAAGAGGAGUAGGGCCAGAUUGCCUUCGAGGGCUCGUCUAGUUCAGCGGCAGGGAGGGGAGUGGGCGCUGGCGGCCAGCUGGCUAGUCCAAAGGGCAAGCGCGCGGCGUCCCCGGGCUGGCGAAAGGUCAGCUGCGCUCUAUGCGCCGGGCUGGGAUUAGCGGCCGCCUCACAGGGCCGGUUCCAGCCUCCGGGGCGCUAAGGGACAGGGGGAGCUUUGCUGCCUGGCGGGGCAUCUGUGGCAUCAAGAGGAGACAAGCGAGGCAGAGGCCGGGGUCAGGACAGGCCAUCUCCCCCUCGGCAAAGGGGUCUCCCUGAUCUUAGGUGUAGUGGUGUAACUUCUGCCCCGACCCCGGUGCUCCUGCCCCCCUCCCCAGCACAGAGUUGACGUGACUCUGUGCGACCGGGCCAAGCUGCCCCAGCUGUGCCUGGCACUACACCCCCCUGUGUAGCCUGGGGGGGGAAUGGGUAUUACAUGCAGAAGGGGCUCUUACAACCCCUUGACUGGGCACAGGGAUUACAGCUCCAGCUUCCGGAGUCAUGGGCUGAGAGUUUGGCUUUUCUUUUUUUUUUUUUUAAAAGAAAAGAAAACCUAUUGCUAGUCCUCAAGGAUGCAAAGAAAAGUUUGAAAAUGUGACCCUGGGGUGGGUGUGUGUGGGGGGGGAAUAUCCCCUCUGCCUGCCUGAGUCUGCAGAGAGCCUAAAACAACAGCGCCAAGAGAGGUGAAAUUGGCCCAUUCAUCUUAACGCUGACAGCUGCCGUCACCCCCUGGAGAUGGGACUGUGGGGCACAAGCUGGGUUAAGUCUGGUGCCCCAUAUUGCCUUGGUUCGGCUAUGGUGGCGGUUGAGGUGUCAGUACUGACAGCCGUGGCCCCUGGGCUGUGGGGGUGGGGUGGAUGGGGCCGGGGCUAGUGCUCUGGGGUAGCCCUUAGCCAGCAGGAAUGGCAGCCAUGGGGCUGUCGGUGCCCCUAGAGCACGAACCAUUGGUGUGUUAGCUGACACCCCUGGGCUGGGGGCUGGGAAAGAGAUUUCUCUGCGCAAAGCCAUCAGGGUCCUGCUUUCCAGGCGCUGACAGGCUGCUUAAUCACAUCAGGGGUGGAGGGGGGGGUGCAUAGCUGAGAUCCACCCCAGGCCAUCAAACGUGAGAGGAGGCGGGACUUUGUGAGGGCCCAGCAGGAAUGGGGCAGCCAGCGUUACCAGGCCUUCCGGCAGGGCACGGGGCUCUUCUAUUCUGGGAGUGGGAAAACCAGCCGGUGGCUUCUGCUGCCCCAGUCAGAGCAGAUUCUGAAAGCAAACCGGCAACACCUGCUCUGCCCUGCCCCCCCCUUUCCCCUACUGCCCCCCAGCAUGGACAGCCCCUGCGCCCCCCUGCACUGGGUUAGCAGUUUGAGCCCAAAGUGCCACGAUUCAGCUGUGAUCUGCGAGGGGAGGUUUGAAACCCACCCCCCCCCCCCCCACACACACACACACACACUCACUAAUCACAUUGGCCUCUAUGUUGGUCGGGGGUCAGGAACGCGACUGGGCACGGGGCAGAGCACACAGCGGCUAAUCUGUGUCCCAGGGCAUUGCCGCGCUGUUUCGGGCCGCACCGGGGCCAGCUGCUCCCAGGGUCAGGUGCGGUUGUUAACUGCGGGCCGGGCAUUCCUAGCUAAUCCCAGCGGUUCUGCUGGCCCCUCCCCGGCAGCCGAGUGUCAAGCUGCUGGGAAGGAGGCCAACUCCAUUCAACAACCUCGCUGGAGUUGGGGGCCCGACGGGGCCAUUAGCAGGCCUGUCACUAAGACACCGCCGCAGGGGACGGAGCGGACUGGUUGACAAGAAGAAAAGGAGGACUUGUGGCACCUUAGAGACUAACCAAUUUAUUUGAGCAUGAGCUUUCGUGAGCUACAGCUCCCUUCAUCGGAUGCAUUCAGAGGACGCUUGAGGAUGUCCUCAGAAGUUUAUAUGUACUGAGCGAACAAUGCAGUGUCAGUCAGAACCCUUGUUUUUAACUUUGUUUUUAUGCAAUUAGAAAUAAAGCCCUAUUUAUGGGCUCGCGCCGUAUGAGAAAUAUUCAGGUCACAGAGUCAGAAAUGUAAAAGACUAGAGCAUAACGUGAAAGUGUUGUGUAAUCCCCAAACUGGUCAGAAACUCAAGUUGAUUUCUUCCUGGCGAAAGGUGUCUGAAUUCUGCCACAGAGACAGCCCGGGUCUGGUUUGAAGUCAAUUAGGUCUGUCCUGGGUCAUGCUCGUCCUUUGGUGUGACCACAAACAAGCAAAGGAAUUCUCACACCUUGCAGAUGAUGAGCAAGACCACUGUAGACACUUCAGGACUACAUGUGAACGUCUCCUUUAAUUCCUUGGCAGCACCUAGAACUUCUCCAUAUUCUUUGCAAUUUCUCUUCCCUAGCAGUGCUUUAAGUCAGUGGCGUAGCUAGGCGUGGAAAUUUGGGUGGGCAUUUCGGGUGGAGGGGCAAUGACUCUGCCAGCGCAGCUUCUCCCCUGAUGCCACACCCUCUUCCUAGCCCUGGUGCCCCCUGGCACGGCUCUAUCUGCCAAGCUGGGCACUCACAUGGGGCAGCUCAGAACGUGGCAAGGCAGAGCUGCUGGAGUGUAGCUUUCUGGAGGCUGGGCGCAGAGCUCUCUCCUGGAUUUCAGAUGCUCCGGGCCACUGUGGCAGCUCUACACCCCUGCUCAGAUCUGGGUGGCCGGGAUGCUAAGUGGGUGGGCCAUGGCCCACCUGUGACUGCGCCCCUGCUUUAAGUACAGCCAUUUCCAUUUUCACCUGCUCAAUCCCUAAUCCAAGCACGUCAAUCAAAGCACACCGAGAUUCCAGUCUCAAGAAGUCUGGAGCGCAGGUGGAGUACGUUGCUGACAAGUUUUUGUGUGACUUGGUGUUCUCAGAAAAAAAAUCUCCUUUGCAAUUCACCACUGCGUUCAUCAGUCAGUUCAUGGCGCAUCUGGCGGCACGGAGGCUCACUGACACUUUGACAUCCUGGGAAGUGCUCAGCGACGAUGAACUCUUAGCCCUUUUGGUGGCACAUCUUAAUGUUCAUCUUUCAAAACAGGGUCAUGGAUGAAAUUGCUGAGGAAAAACCCAUCACUUAUUCACAGGCAAGUGUGAUCGAUUCACUCCUUUCGCAAGGUGCAUUUGUUCCUUCUGAAGGGCAUUGUUCACAGGAGCAAACGCUCAAAACCAUUCUUUUAAGCUCAGCUAAGAACAAGAAUGUAGAUGAUUCUGAAACAUCCAACAGCCCUCUUGCGUCAAUGGACAAGUUGCCAUAUCCAUCCACAAAGUUUGACAGAAGACUCCGAAUCGCUUCAAAAUUAUUGGGGAUUAUUUCCAAGCCAUCUUGUUUCUGUGAGUCUUUGCAGGUGCUGGCUUUGUACGGCACACUCCCAUCAUGUCUGCGGAAAAAUUCAGCUAGAGACUUACAAUUUGAGAACAUAGUUGGCCCUGCUGAGUUCUUCUCAGACAGGAGUGAGCACCCGAUGUAAUUGGUGAUUCAAGCAGUGUGCGUCAGGUAUUUGCUUGUUUAAUUUCCCAUGUAAAAGUAUUUGUACACCGCCUGACAUAAGGUUGGCACCAUCAAAGCAAGAACAUCAAGUGUUUUUAGGGUCAGGACCCAGUUCAUGGAGGUCUUUCAACGUUUGUUAUGUAAUAGCUUCAGCAGUGAGGCCAUGCAAUUGGGCUACUCCCACAAGGACUUUUCCGCCAACAGCGUAGCAAAAACCAGUGGAUAAAUUUUCUACAGUCACAGCAUCCCUUGUUGUGUCAUAUUUUAGGACAUCACCGUUUUUCUGAAUAUCUUCAACAAUAUCUUUCAAAACCAUCUUCAUAAUAUCAGUGUUGUCAUUCUGAAUUUCAGCAGCGUGUGAAAUUGUUCGCAUUGUUCGGAAUGGUUUGCCGCGCACCCUUGACUUCUGGAUCGUGUCCCGCAAUAAGCUGAAGUAGGUUGAUGACAAUUCCUGAUGAAUUGUUCGGAGUAAGAUCUAUCACCGCAAACUGCAUAAGUUUUGCGAAGGUUUUUAAAUACUACCUGUUUCUUUCCAUUUGUGAGGGUGACACCAAAGCAGCCAGUGUGGCACCUGAAAAAGGAAGCUGUGAUCAAAUUAAAUAUAAAAAUCAAAUUCAUAACGGCGGAAUGUUCUCGAGCAAACGAAUGCACGGAAAUAAUAAAAUCAGAACAUUUUUUGUGUGCUGGAUCUUGCAAUCAAGUUGUGGAGCUUUCCUCCAAGCGCAAGGAUUGAAAGUUUGUAGAUGCUGAUGAAGAGCCAGUUUUCAAAGGCUGGUUUGGUUUUUUGUCCUCUUGGCCUGGUGACUCCUAGUUAAAAUUUUCUCCUUUCUUAGUUUCCCACAAUUAGGGUUUUAUUUUCACUUUCACGUUGUUUCCGUGUUUUCCCAUUAACUUUAAUGGUUCACCAGGGUCUGUUCCUAGGUUGUACAAUCCUAUUUGGAGCUAGUCCUGGCCCAUUGGGGAGGCAUCCCUCCCGGUCCCUGAUUGCUUCUCCUCCCUGUAUUAGUGGGGUUUAGCAGCACAAAUGAUGAGCAGUUUUAUAUACACAAAUACAUAAAUUCAUAACCAGGCUUUGUAGCCAGAUCUUAUAAUGACUCUCAGGUUUAGAACAGUACAAGCUUUCAUAAGCAAUCUUGCUUGACAUCUAUUUACUACACAAUAACUUUGUAUACAAAAUACAGCCAGUUGAUUCAACUGCAUAUUCUUUGUGGUUCUUUGUUCUCCCGGUAGGGUGUCACAGAAAUGUCAACAUAGCAAAAAAUUACCUGUAGCUUCUCUUUCCCUUGCUGCAAUUCUAUCAGCCGCUGCAUUCAAGGGGGCUAAGCAGCCUUCAGGUUUGAUGAAACCUUUGUCUCAUGAAGGUGCAUUUUUCCAAUUGCAAUAUCCAGAUGUGAUAAAAACCGUACCAGCUCCCAUUCCACCAGCAUUGUCGGGGCAUGCAUCCAAUGGAGCAGGCACACAAAAGGCCUUUCCAGCAUAUUCCAACCUGGGCUGGGUUCGGGGGCCACUUCUCCCUAAGGCAACGCUGCGCUCUCCAAUAAUGGGCUGAGGAAAAUCCAUUUCUGGUUGAGCUGGUUUGUGAGUUCCAAGAUCUGACGGCAUCGACGAACCUGUGAUGUCUAUCCCUGCCCUGGGUUUGGUAUUCUCGUCUGACGUGGCUGGGGGGCUUGGUCGAGUCUUUUUAUGAGAAGGACGCAUGACAAGUGGGUCCAUUUUGAGAGCUAGCUCUAGCCCCUGUUCUACGAGGGGCCUGGGUCCGUCGGGCCGGGUCUUCUCGUCCCUGGGGGCGAAUUCAGAGCUGGUGGUACUGCCAGCCCUCAUGGGGGGUUUGUGGAUUUGGGCUUUCUUCCCCUCAAGGAAAAACGGUCUUUCAGCCAGGCUCUGAGGCUGCAUCCCUGGCCCACCCCACAACUCCCAGCACAAGAGGCUUGAUCUCCACUGUAGAGGGGAUUGACUAGGGUGAAGGAAAGCAAAGCCAUGUACAAACAGGGCUCCCCAGCCCACAGUCUCUGGGCGAGGGGGAUACACCCAGCCCUGGCACCCGGCACUCCAGGAGCCCCCCAGCAUGCUGCAGUCGCAGGACAGGCAGCUAAGGUUUGGUCUGGUCGUCCCCGGCACACCCCAGGAGCAGCGUUCUCCUCACUCUGCGGCCAGAAGGAACAUUUCCCUGCUCCCCUCCGCGCCAGCGGGCAGGGGCUGGUCACAGCACAGAGCCCGGAGUCCCCCCCCUUGGUGGCUUUGACAGCAGCCCGCUUCCCAGGGUCGCACCUCUUCUGAAACGCAGUCAGGACCAGCCCUCGGCUGCCGGCCCUGGGACGGCUCCAUAGGCCUUAGGCCUGCGAUCGCUCACCUGAGCAAACUUGGAGUAAGAAACCAGCGUGGGGUGAUUUCCAGGGGGGCCGUGCCCCUUCCGCCCCUCAGCUAUGGGCCUUGUUAAUCUCGGCCUGAAGCAUUGGCCCUGGGAGUAUUCCUCCUACGCAUCCGAUGGCUGACACACACACACACACACACACACACACACACACACGGCAUGACUGUGCAGCACGCGCGCACACACACAGUGCCAGCAACACCUCCCAAAAUAGCACUGGGAAGGCUAUUUAAACCCUGGCCCAGGCCAGGCAGCCAAGUACCCAGGGCUCAGACACACAGCCGGGCUCACACACACACACACACACACUCACACACACAGCCGGCCUCACACACACCCCCAGGCCAGGCGACCCACAGGGCGAGGAUGUUCGGCAAGCGUGUGGUGCUGCACAGCGCGGGGGUGCUGUCGGCGGCCGAGCUGGGCUGCCUGGUGAAGGAGAAGGACGUGGUGCGGCACGAAUCCUUCACGGCCGAAUGGAGGGACCUGUCGCUCUCCACCAGGCCCGAGGAGGGCUGCUGCCUGCGGGAGGCGGACGAUCGGCGCAAGGAGACGUACUGGCAGCAGCAGGAGACGCGCUUCGUGGUGCAGCGAUCGCCCGGGCUCCUCAUGCGGCUGGGCCGGCUGGGCGAGCCCCUGGCCCGCUACCCCCUGCCCUACCAGCGGGCGCUGCCCCUGCCCCUCUUCGUGCCGGCCGACCUGAGCGCCAAGGCCGAGCGGGGAGCCACCCCGCCCCAGCUGCGCCACAGGACGGACUUCGAGACGGCCCUGGCUGGGGGCGCCCUGCCCAGCGGGCAGUGCCGGGACAAGAGGGCCGUGUCGGAGAUCACCAAGGAGCUGCCCCCUGUCGUCCAGCCCAGCCGGCCCGACUUCGGCAAGGGGGACUUCCCCCGCUCCCUGUCCCGCUCUCUGUCCCAGGAGGCGCAGAGGGGCUGAGGGGCCGAUUUCCCCAGCCGGGGCUCUUCGGCGCCUGCUUGAGACAACGCCCAGAGCUAGGGUUGCCCAGGCCCCACCACCUUGUGCUCUCUGUGUUUGCGCUGUGUCUGUGUGGCACCCAUGGCGGCUGCCAGGGUGGAGCUGUGCCCUGCCAUGGGCCCAGGGCACCACCCCAAGUGCCCGUCCCCAAGCUUUCCUUCGUUGCCAAGGUUUGUGCCCGGUAGGAGCCGACAGGCUGGAAGCAGGCUCCACUCCCGUCUGUUAAACCCUCCAGUGGGCUCCUGGUUCGAGCUGGGAACGGGGGCUCCUGGGUCUGGGACACAACGCGGACGUCUACACGGCACACCUAGCCCCAGCUCUGACGUGGGGUCAAGCCCAAGGCUCCGUUUCGCCCACCCAGACUCGCUUGUGGAGCCCGGCCUGCCAUUGCUGUGUGGACCCUCAAGUGCAGGCUUGGAAACGAGUCCACGAGCCGGGGUCCCUCGGUGAGCAGUGUAGACGUACGCAGGGGCAGGACCUCUGGGUUGUGUUCCAGUGAGUUAGACAGGGGAGGUCAUGCCCAGGGGGCCGGGGGACGGUGCCCCGGCUGCGAAAGUGCAAUGCAGGAAGGGAUGGAGCGAAGGGGCCACUGCGGGUGAGAUGAAGGGGAAUCCCAGCCCCUUCACUGGGCAAAGUAACCCACGUCCCGGCACCGGCGUGGGAGCCCUGAAACACCAGCAUGAUGGGGAGGAGCGCCCUGGGGGCUGCAGGUUCGCGAUGGGCGAACCACGGGGAAAUCAGCCCGGGGUGGGAGCUGGCAAUUGGGGGAAC